AUGUCACAACCUCACUACGCCUACUCGGCCGCUCCUCAAGCUCCUCGCCAGUACUCCGGUCAUGGCACCAGCAGCGCCUUCAGCAGCUCUGCCAACCCCGACGAGGACUGGACCAAGAUCUCCGAUCUUGCUGAGCGCAGAAGGAUACAGAACCGCAUUGCCCAGCGCAACUACCGCAAGAAGCUUAAGCGCCGCCUCGAAGACCUCGAGCGCCGUGCUGGAUCCUCUGACGACGCCGAGUCUGAGAAGCAGUCCCAGUCGUCCACCAAGUCGAAACGUUCCUCCUCAUCCAAGUCUCACAAGGCCCAGCCUGCUACCCCCGCCAAGACUCUCCCAUCUCAAGGCCAGUACACGCCUCCCAUGGAGCAGGACGACUUCUUCUACCCCGGCUCUUACGAUGACCGGGAACGCUCUCACACUCCUCCUCUGUUUCCCUACUCGACCUACCCGGCUCCCGACGAGAUUCUCCUUCACCCUUACGGCGCCGCCCAGCCUUACACAGCCAUGACCACUGCCGACACCUACCCCAACUACAUCACCACCUCUGCCGUCCCCGUGACGCUCCCUUCCAUGACACAUUUCAGCGAUGCCGUCAAGCGGGAGUCGUACCCCAGUGACGAUGGCAUGAACCCCUACAUGCCUUAUGGCUUCAUGCCCGGCAUGGACCUCAAUGCUCCUAGUCACUACGACCAUCAGUCCAACCCUCAUACUCCUCCACUGUCUCACUCGUUCGACCACUCCGCAAACUGCUCCGAGGCCGGUUACGAAUACCCCACCACGCCUCUGUCCAUGCCCGGAUCUCCCGGCAUGAUUCACCCUCAACAUUGA